AUGACCCCUGUGCAGUCGGUGGGCACCGUCACAGUGGAUACGGUUCACGCUGUGGCGCUCACCCUAAACGGCGAGGUAACUAACUGUAGCAGUCCAGGCGCCGCGCUACGGACCCAAAAUCUUCCCACCAACGCAGCGGAUGUUAAUUAUCUCCUCUUGUCUCAGUCAGGUCUUACUGACACUGUAAACAUAAAAUCAUCCGCGGUGGGCAUUGCUACCCCUUCAAUUGUUUCCGACUCCAAUGAGGAAGAACCUCCAAGGCCCGUCAAAAUGAAUCGAAUUGAGAAUCCAAAUGUGUUGGCGCCGCGGGAUGCCAGCAAUCUCACACCAUCAGCGACCGAUAGCACCGUUUCGAAACGUCUUGUGUGCACUGCUGCACCUUAUUGUGAUGAUGAAGACGAAUUGGAUCUUCUCCUCGGAGAAAAAAAGGCCCAGGAAGUCAAGCGAGUUGACGCUCUAAUGUCGAGCAUGCUGGCAACGUCCCCAACAGGUCGCCAACUUAUUAACUCUAAUCGCAGCUGUCCCGAAGGCGAUUCCUUCAUUACGCGCCCUAUCAGUUCACUAUUGUGGGGUACACGAUCAAAUAGUACUGCCAGAGAAUGUGUGGAGUAUUUCAAACGACAGUUUGAAUAUGAAUUGCGGGCGAAUCGUCACCUUUUUGAUAGCUUUGAACCUUUCUUCAGGGACAAGGUGCUUCGUCGAAUCGAAUCCGACUCUGGUCUGCGUCCAGUCUUCCCCAAAGCACCAGCUGUAAGUGCGGCAGACAUAGCGGCGCUGCCCGGCUAUGCGUUGCGAGACUAUCAACUCGCAGGUGUACAGUUCCUUCUAGAAAAUUUUCACCGCGGUAUGUCCUGCAUUCUUUCAGAUGACAUGGGGCUUGGCAAAACGGCGCAGAUUGCUUCGUUCCUGCACGUCCUAAAGACGAUUCACAGCAUCGAUGGUCCACAUCUCAUUGUCACCCCGCUGUCGACGCUGACCAACUGGACGAGGGAACUUGCGCGGUGGGCCCCUGGGGUCAGGUUGAUAAAGUACCAUGGUGAACGCCGUGCUCGUGAACAAGCUCGCAUGUCGCAUCACAACCGACACGCUGUAUUGGUCACAACGCCGGCACUUCUUAACCAAGACCGAGGUUUCUUCCGGAAGCGCUCCUGGGUGGCGGUGAUCAUCGAUGAAGCGCAUGUGCUAAAGGGGCGCGACACACAAAUCACCACCACUGCGCGUAAGCUCACUGCCUGCAUUCGCAUCGCCGUAACAGGGACCCCUGUGCAUAACAACGUGCGCGAAGUGUGGAGCCUUAUGGGCUUCCUUUACCCGUCCUUCACGGCUGGUUAUGACAGCAGCAUCACGCGCAACGACGACGACGCCAUGCGGGCUGCAGAGAGCAGUGUAAGGCUGCUGAGCCACAUCAUGCUCCGCCGCACGAAGGAAUCGCUGGAGUUGGGCAUCCCACCUCGUGUGGACGAGCCAGUGACCCUGCUUGAACCAAGCUAUGUCCAGUCGCAGUUGCUUGCCCAGCUCACAGCGCGUGCACUUGAGGGUGAUGAAAGCGCGCGUCGUUUGCAAACCCAUCUCAGCCACCAAAGGGCGGUGUGUAAUCACCCCAUGUCGUUGCGGUUGCUGGCGAGCGAAGGCCGCGGACAGAGUAGCACUGAGAAUGUGGAAGGGCUCCUGCGAUUAGCUGGCAUCCCGAUGAGCGAGGCUGCCCUUGUGCGUCCAAGUGCGAAAAUGGUGUUCUUGGAUGGGCUGCUAAAGCAGCGCCUGGCGGGCGGCCACCGCUGCCUUAUUUUCUCGAAUUUUACGUCGACCUUGGACAUGCUCGAGGGGUUGUGCCGCCUGCGAGGAUACAGCUACGAGAGACUGGACGGCAGCUGCAACCGUGUUGAGCGGGAGCUCUCGAUGUUGCGCUACAACGCCCCAGCUUCCUCCUGCUUCGUGUUUUUGGCAACCACUACCGCGGGUGGUGUUGGGGUGACUCUGACCGGUGCCGACACGGUAAUCCUCUUUGAUGCGCAUUUCAAUCCGCAACUUGAUCGUCAGGCCGCCGACCGCGCACACCGCAUUGGGCAGACGCGCGUUGUUCAUGUGUAUCGCUUGUGCCUCAAAAACACGGUUGAAGAGCAUAUUCGUGAGAUUGCAGAUCGCAAGGCGUCAUUGGGCGAUUACAUCGUCGAUGGGGCCCGACGUGACAGUGAAAAAGACAGCCACGGAUUCAGCACGGAGGACAUCCGACAAAUGUUUAGACAAAUGAACAAAACACGAGAAAAGCGAGGAGACGCUGUGGGGAUGCCUCAAUCUACUGAUUCUAUUGAGGCAAAUGUAACGAUGCAGCAAAAUUACCCAGCAAACAGUGUUCCAAUUGAAGAUGAUAUCAAAAUGGUGAAGGAGCUGAUUCGCGUCGAGAUGGAUGGGCUUGAGCGAGGCUGGGUUGAGCAGCAUACGAAGCAGAACGCAUUGGUUUCGAAGUCCACAAUCAACACAACACACCACUGCUUUGUGUGUGGUGGCAUUAUGCAUCCGCUGGAGCCGCUCUAUCACUGUGUCGCGUGCCCCAAGGCAUACCAUGCGGAGUGUCUUGGGCUGAAGAAGCGCAAGUCGUGGGAAACCCCCAACCACUAUUGGAGUUGCCCCAGGCAUGUGUGUUCAAUCUGCAGUAAAUCGCAGGCCGCGGAUGGUGCCAUCUUCAUGUGUGUCAGCUGUCCGCGGUCCUUUUGCUUUGACUGUUUGGAUACACGCUAUCUGGCGAUUGACGAAAACGGUUCUCAACUCCUGCAUAUUCAGAGGACCUACAGGGGAAUGGAGGAGGAAGGGGUAGCCCUGCACCGAUCUUGUUACUAUAUCUCCUGCUUGCACUGUUGUGGUGUGGCUUCGUCUUCCUCAUCAUCAUCUGAGGAGAGCGAAGAGGACGACGGUGAGAUCUCUAGUGGCAUUGCCGAGACCCUUUCUGAUUGUCAAACAUCUCCAUAG